AAUGGAACCGCUGCAUCACCCUGUUAGAUCGCCGCCCGGCGCUGAAGUGGCAGCUGCGAGUGCUUCAAGUGGCGGGGCGCAGAUCUGUUCGUGGAUCAGAAUUGCUGCUUGCGGGCGACGCCCGCAGUUGUUGCAGUUAUUGCGGCUGUGAAUGGGCACCAGCGACUAUCUCCUACCUCUUCUCCUUGGAUCUUGCAUUAUUGAAAAAACGCGAGCCGGUGGAGAAAGUUCUUUCUAGAAGGCGAGUGGCAGAUCCGGCAACUAUGGAGUUCUUGAUGCAGCCGAUAAAUAGCACAACUCUGCUCGAGGUCAACCAGAACAACAUCCCCAUGAGUCCCCUUCAUUACCCUGUGAUGACGCCGCCGCUGGUCAAGGUGUCGGCCCUGACGGCUUCAAGUGCAGAUGCGCAGCUUUGUGCUCCGGAAGCUGCUCCAGGUGCAGGCAGUGCAGAGAAGCCUCAAGGUCCAGGGAACUCCAUAGAACAUGUUGACCCGAAAACUCUUGGCUCGACUAAAAGGGGAGGCCACUUAUGCGAGCAAGCAUGGCAACCGAAAGACAUGCUGGCAAGAUAUAUACCAGAGCUAUGUUUGGGCAAUUCGGCCAUAUACUACAAGAGUGUGGUGCAUACCAGAUGGAGGAGAUUGAAAUAGGUAAAACAUAUGUUGCUAAUUUGAAUGUGAAUGCAGGCAGUUUGCCCACAUGGGGUUGCUAUGCAGCCAUGUACUGAAGGUAGUCCUGAACUGUUAAUUAUGCAAUUAAGAUUUAUGUGAAAAUUGUUCAUGAUUGCUCUUGAAUCAUUUGAUGAGUGCAGACUGAUUCGAUGCAGGUACAAAAAUCCCAAAGAAGCAUAUAGUAAAAAGAUGGACCAGAGAUGCACGGGAUAUCCUCCCGCCUAAUCUGACACAGGUACCAGCUGAGGGACCAUGCUCAACAAAACCCAUUUAGUUACAGGCAUUUCAAUAUGUAUAUGCAUGCGAUGGAGCUUGUGCGCAUGGGGGACAGCAGUGUGAAAGCAUAUGAGCAUCUAAUCUCCUUGUUCAAGAAAUAUGCUGCUGAAAUGAAGCCGUUUACAGAGAUUGGGAGGCCUACCACAAGUAGCGAGAAGGCUCUGUAUGAAGGUUUAAGUAACGCACAAAAUUCUGCAAUAUAUGCCGGAGACUCGGAGGCAAGGGCACAAACGAACAAUCUGCCCUGAUCAGGCAGAUGUUCCGAAGCAGCCUCGUAAGCCAGCCAGAUGCAAAAAACUGUGGUGUUGAAGGUCGCCGCAGGAACAACUGUCACAUAGCAGCUGAACUAGGACUCAAAUAAUUGAUCCGAGUGAUCAAGCUUUCCGGUUGUAGAACUAUGUUAGACAGAUGAUACUAAGUUGUGUGGUUCCUGUAAAA